UCCGGUCCUCCUCUCCCUCCUCCCGGGGUCUCGUCUCGUCUUCUCCGCCGGGUGAACGAUGCUCCGGCCCGGCCGGCUCCCGCGGCGGCGCCCGGCCUCCUCCGGCGUCUCUCUCAUCCUCGGGACUCUCCUGCUGCUCCACGCCGCGCUCGGCGCGCUCGGCCGCGGCCGCGACGCCUACAGCUUCCGGGCGGUGAACAGCCGCGGGAAGCUCGUGUCGCUGGAGAAGUACCGCGGCUCGGUCUCCCUGGUGGUGAACGUGGCUAGCGAGUGCGGCUACACCGACGCGCACUACCGCGGCCUGCAGCAGCUGCAGCGGGACUUUGGCCCCGCCCACUUCAGCGUGCUGGCCUUCCCCUGCAACCAGUUCGGCGCCCAGGAGCCAGGCAGCGACCGCGAGAUCGACGCCUUCGCCCGGCAGACCUACGGCGCCUCCUUCCCCAUCUUCAGCAAGAUCGCCGUGGCGGGGAGUGGAGCCAACAACCUCUACAAGUACCUGGCGGAGGCGUCCGGCUCGGAGCCCGACUGGAACUUCUGGAAGUACCUGGUGGACGAGGACGGCCGCGUGGUCCGGGCGGCGGGGCCCCGCGUCCCCGUGGAGGAGCUGCGCGGCGCCGUGGCCGCCAUGGUGCGGCGGCUCAUCCUCAAGAAGAAGAAGAAGGACGAGCUGUGACGCUCGCCGCCAGCGCUAGUGCUGUUUAUUGUGCUUUUUUUUAUACAGGAUGUUUUUUUUUCAAUAAAAACAUU